AUGGAGUCUCUAAAUUUUAUCAAACCUUCACUCAUCAUUAUUUCCUUGAUCUCUCUUUAUUUUUUUGGCGAUCAUGGUUGCGCAAGGAUGAUCACGCUACCGCCAAAUGUUACUGUCCCGGCUGUUAUAGCGUUUGGAGACUCGAUAGUGGAUCAAGGGGCUAACAACAAUAUAAAUACUCUAAUCAAAGCUAACUUUGCUCCCUAUGGAAAAGAUUUUGCGGGUGGAAAACCAACAGGAAGAUUUUCCAAUAAUAAAACCCCGGCGGACUUAAUAGUUGAACAACUGGGAAUAAAAGAGCUAUUGCCGGCAUAUCUUGAUCCAUCCCUUGAUGAUAAAGAGCUACUAACCGGUGUAAGCUUUGCUUCUGGCGCCUCAGGAUUUGAUCCCCAAACUCCCAUGAUAUUGGCUGUUUUGUCAUUAACAGAUCAAUUGAAACAAUUUAAGGAAUACAUCGAGAAAGUGAAGGUUAUAGUCGGAGAAGAAGGAACAAAAUACAUAUUAGCAAAUAGCAUAUUCUUAGUGGUCGCAGGUACCGACGAUCUCGCUAAUACUUACUUCACUGUUGGCCUCCGAAGAUUACAAUACGAUAUUCCAACUUAUGCCAAUCUUAUUGUGUCAUUCGCUUCUAAAUUUAUACAGGAUAUAUACAAACUUGGAGCAAGAAGAAUAGGGGUCUUUAAUGCGCCGCCAAUAGGAUGUUUACCAGCACAAAGAACUCUUGCUGGUGGAGGACUUAGAGUGUGUUCAGAACAGUACAAUCAAGCAGCUCAAAUAUAUAACAACAAGCUGCAACCAGAAAUUGAAUACCUCAACAAAACUCUGGCCCAAUCAAGGAUUGUCUAUAUUGAUAUAUACAACCCUUUGUUUGCUAUUAUUCAAAAUCCCCUCCUAUACGGACUAGAAGUUGUGGACAGGGGCUGUUGUGGCACUGGAAACAUAGAGGUUGCUGUUUUAUGCAAUCAAUUGGUGCCUACAUGUCCAGAUGAUUCAAAAUAUCUUUUUUGGGACAGUGCUCAUCCUACAGAUAAAGGAUACAACAUACUUACAAAUCAAAUUGUAGGAAAAUACAUAAAUGAUUUCUUUUGAAACUAUAUAAAUGUUCAUUGGUAUGCGCCCUAAGAGAGUUAUAUAUGUUUAAAAAGUUGUUUUUUUGUGUGUGAUAAAAAA